UUAAAUCUGGUAAUUCCUCUGUAAUCUGUUAAUGUUACUUCGUUAAUAAUAACUCUUUUGAACUGCAAUCUACCGAUCGUUAGGCGUCGCCAUGGAUCAGUUUUACGGAAUUUUUGACUCGUAUGCCGAGCAGCUGGCUAAGCUUCCAAUGUUCCCAGUUUUACAGUGUGUUCACUAUAUCAUUAUGACCUUGAAAUUACGAAUGGGAGAAGGUGCAGUUUCUUUUGCCUAUUCUCACCCAAUGUCAUCCUGGGUAGCCAGUAUUUUGACAUGCUUUGCUGGGACCUUUUUGUCAAACUUUUUGUUGGGAAACUCCUUGCUGUCGCCUCUGACGGAUUUGGAACAAAUUGCUAUUCUGUCUGUCAUUUGGUAUCUGGUAUUCUUUUGUCCUCUGGAUUUGUUUACCAAGGUCUUCAUGCUGAAGCCAUUGUGGAUUGCCCUUCUGGUGGUCAAAGAGGCCCACAGAGCAAGGAACAUUCUCAAGGGAGUAGAGAUGUCGUCAACACUUCACCAUGAUGCUUGGCUGGUCAUGAUAGCUAUCAUAAGGAAAGGAGCUGGUAGUCGACUCUUAAGACCGGUGGUUCUGUUUGCUCAAGGAAAAGUGGAUGCUAUAAAUGAAGCACUUUACCCAUCAUUUGUCACCAAACUAUCUAUUGUUGGAAGUGUUCUCUUCAUUGUGGUACAGAAGCGCAUGGUUGCCUUCACUUCCGCUGAAGUUCUUCUGGGCAUAACUUGUGUGGGAGCAUUUCUUCAGGUCCUCAUGGACCUCAGUAACACAAGUGAUCCUUUUACCUAUUUGGAGAAAGCUGUUGCUGCUGUUCUCUUUAGAGAACCAGCUGAAAAGGCAGAUACUUCAGAUGCCAAGAAGAAAAAGGAAUAAUCGCGGCUGUAAAAUGAGGAAAAAGGACGAUCUUAAAUGUGACCUCAUCUGGUAGGCAAUAGGUUGGAGUUAGGCAAUCUGUUAUGGUAUGACUCACAAAGACAUGCUGAUUGCUGUUAACCGAGCUGAAAACUGCAUUAUGUAACCCCAUUCCAAAAGACUUCUUAUCUUCCUCUGAAAAAUGAAGAUAGAGAAACCUUGGAAUAAAGUUAGGAUGUGUGUUUUCAUUGA